AUGCAAGAGGAACUGCAUCAACUUGAAAGAAACAAGGUAUGGCACCUGGUACCUAGACCCUCAGACAGAACCAUCACAGGGACCAGAGGAGAGAUUGACAAUACAUUGUCGUUGAAGAAACGGGGAAGGAACCUGCUCAUUGAUCAGAUUUAUGUGGAUGACAUCAUAUUUGGAGCUACAGCUAAAUCAUUAUGUGAAAAAUUUGCUAACCUCAUGGGAAGUAAGUUUGAAAAGAGUGCGAUGGUGGAACUGAAUGUCUUCCUGGGUCUUCAAGAGAAGCAGUCCAUAAAGGGAACGUAUAUCAGUCAGAAAUGCAUCAAAGAACUCUUGAAAAGCAAGCUAGACAUUGUAUUCAGUGUGGUAUUACGUGCAAGGUUCCAAUCAAAUCCUGAGGAAUCUCAUAUGAAGGCUGCUAAGAAAAUUCUGAGAUAUUUGGGCAUACAAAACCUAGCUUUGUACUAUCCUUCAGGGGACAGUUUCAACCUUAUUAGUUAUGUUAACGCUAAUUAUGCAGGUUAUCUGGAGGAUAGGAAAAGCACAUCUGGAAUGGCUCAUUCCCUUCGAUCAUGCUUUAUCUUAUGGGGUAUAAGGAAACAAAACUCUGUAUCUUUCUCAACAGUUGAAGUAGAAUAUGUUGCAGCUGCCAAGUGA